AUGCUCUGGUUCGGCUCCUCGUGCAACGACGCGGCGUGCGCCCCCGUAGAUCCCCGCAGCCCCUCGACCCUGCGCCUCUCCGUGUCGCUGUCGCCCCUCGUCGCGACCUUUGUCCUCGUCGCCCUCGCCGCCCACCGACACCUCUUCCCGCGCCUGACCCGCGGCCACGACGUCCGCGACGGCGCCGACAAUGUCCUCCCCGCCCACGCCCCGCCCUCGCUGCGCCAGGCCCACGCCGAGCACGGCCGCAAGAGCCUGCGCCGCCGCGUAGCCGCCGCCGCCUUCUGCUCGACCAUUGCCUUCGCCGCCGUCCUCGUCGAGCUCAUCCUCGCCGAGGUCGCCGACCUCAUGCCGCCGCGCGCCCGCGCCCUCGGCCUCGCCCUGGUCGUGCCCACGCUGCUCGUGCUGCUCGUCGGCGUCAUACCCUUUCUCGAGAUCCAGAGCGUCGUCGCCGGCCUCGGCUGGCGCUUCCAGCGCAACACAAAGGGCCGCCUGUUGAGGGUCGCCUGGACCAUCCAGGGCCUCGUCUUUGCCGCCUGGCUCUUCGUCUUCUGGAGCCUCGGCGCCCUCGUGCCCGUCGCCGCCAAGGUCGACACGGCCGGCGCCCGCAUGCGGGAUGCCGACGAGGCCGGCGGCCUCACGCGCGCCUGCGUCGAGCGGAUCGGCGUCAUUGGCAUCUCCCUCAUGGCCAUGCUCAGUGGCUUCGCCGCCGCCUCGAGCCCCUGGCACACCUUUGGCGCCUUGUCCGACAGGAAGCGACGGAGACCCGUGACGGACGGCGACCUCGCGCGUAAAGAGGGCGGUCUCGAGGCCGCCAACGAAAUGCUCCUCACCAAACGACACCGGCUGCAGGCGCUCGAGCGCAAAGCGUCAUCGACGGCCCAGACCUCUGGCGGCAGUGGCAGCGGUGGUCUCGUCGGCAAGAUGCUCGGCACCAUCCGCGGCGCCGGCGCCGGCGGCGACGAGAGCGAGAUGCGCGGCCUGCGCCUCGAGAUUGCCGGCCUUGAGACCAUGCAGGCCAACCUCGCGUCGAACCUGGGCCUCAUGCGGUCGCGCCAGGCGGCCUCGGCGCGCGCCGCGACGCCGCUCGGCCGCCUGCUCGCCGUGCCGCAGCACCUCUUCAGCUGGUACUGCGUGUACCGCAUCCUCGCGACGACGCUGACGACGCUGCGCCGCGCCCACGCGCCGGCCGCCGCCUUCAGCGCCUCGGACCCCAUCAACCGCGUGCUCGGCCUGCUGGCGCGCCACUGGGACCCCAAGCUCGACCAGCUCGCCUGGGCCCGCACCAUCAGCUUCCUGCUGAGCGGCGUCAUGCUCGCCGCCAGCGCCGGCUCCGCCACCCAGACCUUCCACCUCUUCGCCCGCUGGACCCCGGGCCUGCUGCGCCAGGCCCAGGCCAACCUCGCCCUGCUGACCGGCCAGAUUGCCGCCGUCUACGUCGUCAGCGCCGCCCUGCUGCUGCGCUCCAACCUGCCGCGCGACGUCGGCUCCGCCGUCGGCGACGCCCUCAAGAGCGCCCUCGACCCGGCCUUUGUCGACCGCUGGUUCGAGGGCUGGUUCCUCGUCAGCAGCGCCGCCACGGCUGUGGGCAUCUGGGUCGGUCGCAAGAUUGCCGGCGACGGCGAGGACUGGAUCGAUGAUUAUGGCGGCGAGGAGGUCGGCCAGAAGCGGUCGUGA